UUUCCCAAGCUUAUUGGGGAGUGGGAUCAGCUUUGUUGGUACAGUAGCUGUAGUUAUAUAUAUAUUUUUUUUUCCUCGUACCGGUUCUUGUUACUUUAAAAGUAGUAUUUACUUAUUCUUCAGACGACAUAGUGAAUUUGUUGGAAAACAUUCUAAACGCUGAAGGAAUGUAGGGUGGCUAAAGUAGUUAUUGAAUUGCGCAGUAGUAUUUGUUUUGUUUUGACAUUGUUGCAGCACAUUCGUGCGUGAACAGUAUGCAGCUGGCCUCAGUCAGGCGUGCUUCGAAAACAAGACCUCGAAAGUACAAUACUGAGCGGUGUGUUUUUAGUUUUAGUUUAAAGGUGUAAACCUUUAGCUAUGAGUGACUCGGAUAUACUUUUCACAUGUUCUAGUCAUGUUUCUAUCGGAUUUGCCGAGUCCUUCCAAGUUUUUCCAGGGCUAUUGGCGGUAGCCAUAGUUAUAGGGGUGAUCAUUGGAAUCGGCGUAGCAGUUCUGUUGUACAGAUUUGUACUGAAGCCAGCUGUGCUCGGGGAAAAGUUUCAGGAAUAUGAUUCAAAAAAACUUUUUGAGAACACAGACCUGGACAAAGAAGACAAUCAAAGUGAUUGUGCCAGUUUUGCCAAGAAGCAAUCUAAUAGCAAUUUCAUCAGUGAUAAGGAAAGAAAGCUUCCUUUAAACAGUGAUGUUGCUGCUUUUGCUUUAAGGGCAAAAGUUGUCUAUCCAAUCAACCAAAGAUACAGACCUUUGGCAGAUGGAGCUUCCAAUCCCUCACUACAUGAGAACUCUAAGCUGGUAAUCCUGCCCAAUCAGAUGCAGGAGGGUUCUACCUCAUCCAGCCUUGAGUCACUAAGCCAAGAUGAUGAAGAUGACAGUAGCCAUUUUAUAUCUUCAUCACCACUCCCUAAAGAAUUUCAGAAUGAAAAGGUUAUGAAACUGACAAGGUUUCCAGAAACACUCAUUUACACCAGUUUUGAUUCUCGGAUAAGCCUUUACAACUUGGGCUUACAGAGUUUGGAGCAAUUGGACACAGAACUGAGGGAAGAGAGACAUAUGCUUUUUCUUCAGGUGUUCAAAAUUCUCCUGAAUGACUGGUUUCAUAAGGGGAUCAUUGAUGAACCCUUUUACAGCAGUACUCUUUUAUUGCAAGAAAAGGAAUUAGGAGAGCUAAACAAGCAAUUACAUUUAAACCAGCCAGACAUGGAAAGAGCUGGGGAUCCUGAUGCAAGCUAUUGUACUUCUGAGGACAUAGAGAAAAUAGAAAAGCACUGUUUGGAAAAUGGACUUCGAAUGAUAGCAGGUUUCAACAAACAGGUUGAAGGCGCUUGUCAACACUUACAAAACAAACCCACACUUACAAGUGAGGUAGUGAACAAGUUCAUUGUGAAACUAACUGAGCAUCUCUUGCACGUGGAGAGCCUCAUGAAUGAGACCCAGGGUAUGCAUAUAAUGAAUAUUGAAGAAAAACUCAUUUGGUGGGAGUACAUAGCAGGCACACUUCAGGCUCAGCUGUGGCUUGUACAACAGGAAGGAACUUGUCGACUAAAGGUUGCAGCAAAGGUCCUGGAGCAUCUUACCAGUGAUGGUGAACUUGCUUUUCAAGAAAUGGAGAACAUGCUAUCGGAUCUACAGUAUAACUUCCAGGAGGAAAUCAAGUUGUACACCAGUGAGUGUACGAAGCACACCAAAGGCCUUGUUAAUGAAAUGGUCAAGAAGAUGGAUUCCAAAAAGAAGAAACUAAAAAAGAGACAAGAAAAGGAGAAAAUGCGUGUCCAAGAUAGUGUGCAGCAGAUCUGUGAUGCCAUGGAGUUUGUGAAUGCCUACCAUAGUCUCUUGGCGAAGCAGAGGCAGGACUCUAGUGAUAUGGAGGGCGUGGAGGACAUGAGAAUCAUUGAUGGCAUAACUGAUUUGUGGAAGAGGCAGCAUUCGUCUUGCUCCGAGAAGAUGGAGAAAAUGGUGAAAGAGAUGUUCCUAGUAACCCUACCGAGCCGCACAGAAUUGCCUAUGAAAAAAUGUGAACUGCUGAGGCAAGAAGCAAGGCAAGAUUUAAGUGCUCAUUUGCAAACUGAAGAAGCAAAUCUAAAAGCCUAUUUAAAACUUUUCAAAGAUCAACUUGUACGGGGGAAACAGGGUUGGCUUGAAGAACAGUCGCUGUCCACAGCCAGGCUAAAGCACCUCGCUGAGCAGCAGGAGAAGCUUCUCCAGGGAAUUCUAGUCAGACAAAGAGAUCUGCAUGAUGGAAAUGGAAAACUGAUUCAACUGAAACAUUCCUUAUUUUUUCAGUCAGUCAAUAACCAGUUUUCAGCUAGACAGUUCAGCCUUGGAGCACUGAAGGAAAUUAGACUGUCAAGGCUGAAGUGCUUGUUGAAUGAACUCCGCCAAGAACGCACAAAAGAAAUAGAAAGUGAUGACCUGAGUAAAACGCCAGGAAAUCAGCAGAAGCUACAGGAUAAGGAAACCAGCAUUUCUGAAGUGGAGAGGAGACUAGAGCAGGAGACACAGCUGGUACGACUGGAAUUUCAACAGGAGCUUAUCUCAGAGCUGUGUACAGCUGCUGAGCUUUUACAGGACCACACGGAGCAUGUGAUUGGACAUGCUCUGGUUCUGAACGCACGUCAUCAAGUAGCACAACCCACCUCUGAGGAGAAUGAAGGCUUCAAGGUCCUGUUGAAAGAAGCUGCUACUGAGAGUGUCUAUGUGACCAGGGAAUCUGUUAAUAAACUUGCACAGAACUAUUUUACUCGGUUAGAGAACAUCACAGAAGUCUUGGAACAUGAUAAACAGCAGCGUUUACGACAUCUAGAAGACAUCUGUAAAAAUAAACAGAUAAGUCAAAAGCAGCUAAAUGAAUCCCUUCAGAAGGAGCUUGCUAAUUGGAGUAAAAAACCAACAUCGACUGAGUUUCACCAAAGAGUAGUUUUGCAAAAGAAAAAAAUCCUGACCCAGUAUGAUUUGAAUCAUGAAGCAACACUUGAGUUUCUAAGGCAAAAGAAGUCUGUCCUUGAUCAUAUGGAAAAACACCUUGAUGGACAACUGCAGGAAGCAGAGGAAAUCUUCAUGACACAGCUUGCAGCAUUAGCUAGAGUUCCACUGGGGAGGUCAAAUUCCUGUACUAAGGAUACCUCUUCAGACAUGAAAAAAAAGUCAGCUACUUUACACAGAUCGGAGGAGCCAAAGAAAAGUUGGAAAAAUCUUCAAUCAUCACUCCCUCAGACAACGCAUAUUGAACUACCUAAAAUAAAUGACUAAAAUGUGUACUUAAAACAGAGUUAGAGAUAGGGAUAUUUGUAAAGCAAAUAAGGUUCUGUAACAAGUUUUUGGGGUCACCAUGGGUAUUGUGAAAAUGUUAAGUCGACAUACAUUUUUUGUCCAAUAAAUGUACAUAUUCAAUCUUUAAAAUUACAAUUGGUACUUUUUUUUUUGCUGAUGGAUAUUAUCAUAUUUCUAAUAUAAAAAUCCAGUUUGUACUGUACAGGUUGUACAUAUUUUCUUUUCGUCUGAUUUUGGUCGCCUGGUCCAGAGAACCAAUAGAUCUAAAUCUUUUGCUUGGCUUUUUUAAAUUUAUUUUUCUUUAGCUCCAUCUACUGGAAAAAAAAUGUAUACAGACCUCUAAAGGGGUUAUGGUACAGUAGCAUUGGAAUUCAUAAAUUGUAUGACUUUUCAUAGACAAAGAGAAGGAGAUAUGAUCCCUUUUAUUGGACUAACUAAAUAAUAAUUUUUCACAAGCU